ACCAUGGAGCUCUCUGACAGUGACCGUCCCAUCAGCUUCGGCUCCACGUCUUCCUCAGCCUCUUCCCGGGAUAGCCACGGUUCCUUUGGCAGCAGGAUGACCUUGGUUUCAAACAGCCACCUGGGCUUAUUUCACCAGGACAAGGAGGCGGGGGCCAUCAAACUGGAUCUGGUUCCAGCCAGGCCGUUUUCCAGCAGCGAGCUGCAGAGGGCUGACCCAGCCAAACAGCAGGGCACAGAGGGGAGCGGAGAGAGGCAGCCUCGGGCACAGCACAGACUGGAAGCCAAUGGAGCCGCCAAAGCCAGGGCAGAAUCCACCUCAAGCCCCAAGCUCCUCUAUGUGGACCGAGUGGUGCAGGAAAUUCUGGAGACAGAAAGGACGUACGUGCAGGAUUUAAAAAGCAUUGUAGAGGAUUACCUUGACUGUAUCAGGGACCAAACUAAACUGCCUCUGGGCGCCGAAGACAGAUCAGCCCUUUUUGGAAACAUCCAGGAUAUCUACCGCUUCAAUAGUGAACUUCUGCAAGACUUGGAAAACUGUGAAAAUGAUCCUGUGGCCAUAGCUGAAUGUUUUGUGUCCAAGAGUGAAGAAUUCCACAUCUACACCCAGUAUUGCACCAACUAUCCAAGAUCGGUGGCGGUGCUAACAGAGUGUAUGAGGAACAAGGUGCUGGCCAAGUUCUUCAGGGAGCGGCAGGAGGCCUUAAAGCACUCUCUGCCCCUGGGCUCCUACCUGUUGAAACCAGUCCAGCGGAUCCUCAAGUACCAUCUCCUUCUGCAUGAAAUAGAAAACCACCUUGACAGUGACACAGAAGGCUACGAUGUGGUGCUUGAGGCCAUUGACACGAUGCAGCGGGUGGCCUGGCACAUCAACGACAUGAAGCGCAAGCAUGAGCAUGCGGUCCGCUUACAGGAGAUACAGAGUUUGCUCACUAACUGGAAGGGGCCAGACCUGACCAGCUAUGGGGAGCUGGUGCUUGAGGGGACCUUCCGGAUCCAGAGGGCCAAGAAUGAGCGGACGCUCUUCCUGUUUGACAAGCUGCUGCUCAUCACAAAGAAGAGGGAUGACACGUUCACGUACAAAGCCCACAUCCUGUGUGGCAACCUCAUGCUUGUCGAAGUGAUCCCCAAGGAGCCACUCAGCUUCAGUGUCUUCCAUUACAAGAACCCCAAGCUGCAGCACACCGUUCAGGCUAAAUCCCAGCAAGAUAAGCGCCUGUGGGUGCUGCACCUGAAGAGACUAAUCCUGGAGAACCAUGUGGCGAAGAUUCCUGCAAAGGCCAAGCAAGCCCUACUUGAAAUGGAUGCUGUCUAUCACCCAGGCUUCUGUUACAGUCCCGAGGGAGAGUCAAGAGCAGUCUGUGGUUCAAAAGAAGGUUCUGUUCCAUAUCGACUGAGAAGAAAAUCUGAACCGUCUUCAAGAUCACAUAAAGUUAUGAAGACCAGUGAAACAACACAGGACAUCCAAAAGGCUUCCAGAGAGGAAGGGUCUCCCCAGCUGACCUCAACAGGACCACGACCUACCCAGAGGAACAGCCAGCCAAGCAGUUCCAGCAUCCUCAGUGUGCUGGGCGGGGGUGGUGCUAUGAGGAACAUCUGGACGGACCAUCAGAUCAGGCAAGCCUUGUUCCCCAGUCAGCGGUCCCCACAGGAGAAUGAGGACGAUGAAGAUGAUUAUCAGAUGUUCGUGCCAUCCUUUUCCUCUUCAGACUUGAAUUCUACCAGACUGAGUGAAGAUGGCACUUCAAGUCGCCCUUGCAGCUGGCACAUGGGACAGAUUCAGUCCUCAGAGGCCUCCAGCUCUGGCCACAGGGUUGUUAGGAGGGCCAGCAGUGCUGGUGAGAGCAACACCUGCCCUCCUGAAAUAAGGAUUAGAGACAGUGAUGGCUCUCAGUACAGCCCCCAAAGGGAACAGCAGAAUGGCCCUACCACUGAAGGGCAGGAUGGUGUGACUUCCUUUGGAUCUUCUAUAGAGUUGACUGUUGAUGACAUAGACCAUGUCUAUGAUAACAUAAGUUAUGAGGACUUGAAACUAAUGGUUGCUAAACGAGAAGAAGCUGAAUCCACUCCCCAAAAAUCAACCAAAGACUGUGUUCGCCCCAAAAGCACCCUGGAGUUAGCCUUCUCAAAGAGGCAUACUGACCAAGAUAGGAGCACUCUUCACACGAGAAGAGAUGGAACUCUAACAGGCAGAAAGGCAUCUGACCAAAGCACUCAUGACCUCAAGGUUGUUGAAGAAAACAUCUAUGACACUAUAGGGCUCCCUGAGCCACCAUCGCUGAAUUUCAAAUGCAGCAGCCUCAAACGGCCUAAGAGGAGCACCUUUUUGGGUCUGGAGGCUGACUUUGCGUGCUGUGACAGCCUGAGACCAUUCGUUUCCCAGGACAGCCUCCAGUUCAGCGAGGAUGAAACGCCCUACCACCAGGGUCCCUCUGAUAAUGAUUACCUGAGUUUGCUAUAUAACUCUCCCGACUGUAAUUUGUCCGUGGCUGAUAAGGCCAUAUCUGAUAAACUGUCGGAAGAAGUAGAUGAAAUCUGGAAUGAUCUUGAAAAUUACAUCAAGAAAAAUGAAGACAAAACUCGAGAGCGUCUCCUUGCUGCGUUUCCUGUUAGCAAGGACGACAUGCCAGACAGGCCGCAUGCAGGGAGCACGCCUGAGCUGACCAAGGAUGCAGCCCGUUCCACGUCCACACUCUCACUUCCAGAGAGCCACGCUUUCCUCAGCCCUGUGAGAAACAGGGCCAGCCAUGGCAGCCGAGCCAACUACCCACUGGACAGAACCCGGAGUGCUCAAGAAGGCCCCUCUGUGAGCCUGGAUCGACUCUCUCUGGCCAGUGACAUUCCGCCCAUGGAGAGUCCCUACGAGCUGGCCAACAGCAGUGUGUCCCAGGGAGACCCAGAAGCCCCUGAGCCUGGGGCCGAGGCCUCAGAUAAAACAAAAAGCAGGGUGUUCUUGAUGGCGAGGCAGUACAGCCAGAAGAUCAAAAAGGCCAAUCAGCUCUUCAAAGUGAGCAGCCCAGAGCCAGAGCAGCCGGCGGCCAGCCAGCAGCAUGACUCGGCGCACAGAGACCUGGCCGCCAUUCUGGAAGAGAAGAAGCAAGGCGGGGCCGCCAUUGGUGCCAGGAUUGCUGAGUAUUCCCAACUGUACGACCAGAUUCUGUUCAGAGAGACGCCCCUGAAAGCUCAGAAGGAUGGCUGGGCCAGCCAGCAAGAAGCGGCUAGCCUCAGGUCGGUACCACCAUCCCAGGCUCAACACAGGAGUGAAGACUGGCUUUUGCAUUCAACCUAUAGUAACGGAGACUUGGCAGCUUUCUACCCCCAGCCAGAGCAAGACCUGAAGUCAAAGUAUUCCACUCUAGACAUCAAAACACAGAGUACUCCCAGACAGCUGUCCGCAGCUUGCUCCGUGCCUUCUCUUCAAAUCACAGACCCUCUGCCUGGUCCCGUGCAGAGACGCAGCGUGGUAGUAAGUCAGCCCAACAAGGAGAACGCGUGUCAGGGCCACCUUUACAACUCUUUGGGCCGCAGAGGAAUCAGUGCUAAAUCUCAGCCCUAUAACAGGUCCCAGUCAUCGUCCUCGAUCUUGAUAAGCCAAUCAGGGGACUCCAUCACCUACCCUAGUGAGACAGGAAGGAAGCAGCUGUUGUCAUUACACAGAAGAAGCUCAAGGUGUGACAGUCACCAGGAUCUGCUGCCAGGGGUUGCCGACUCACGUCAGCAGGGCCCUGGAAAAUGUUCAGAGCUCACACUCCAAGAUUCACAGAAAGUUCUGGUAGUAAACAGAAGUGGACCCUCAGGUGCCCACAUAGCGACCCAGAACUAUUUUUCCAAUUUCAAAGAGACUGAAGGAGAUGAAGACGACUAUGUCGAAAUAAAGUCAGAAGAAGAGGCCGAAGUAGAGCCAGCUCCCGAGCGUCGACAGGAGCCUGCCGCAAAGGCGCUAGAGGCUGACUCCUCUGAUACUGUCUACAGCAACAGCAUGUGUUACUCUGUAAAUGGUCCUUGCGCUCCAAAGAAGCCGAUAAACAGCAAACUUGGUCUUUCACCCUUCCUGACAUCUUACAACGACUCUGACAAACUGGAUGACUAUCUUUGGAGGGGGCCAUCUCCCAAUCAACAAAACAUCGUCCAGUCUCUACGGGAGAAAUUUCAGUGUCUCAGCUCGAGCAGCUUUGCCUAA